UUUUUAUUUUUUUUUUCGAGGCAGAGCUGGGCUGGUGGCUGCUUCAAUCAAAGGGAAGGCAGAAGGAAAGGGACGCUCUGCGGAGAGAUGUAAGAUGGCAGAGCUACAAAUGUUGUUAGAGGAAGAGAUUCCAGCCGGCAAAAGAGCGCUUGUGGAGAGUUACCAAAACCUCACCAGAGUAGCAGACUACUGCGAGAACAAUUAUGUCCAGGCCCAGGACAAGAGGAAAGCUCUGGAGGAGACCAAAGCCUACACUACCCAGUCCCUGGCCAGCGUGGCCUACCAGAUCAAUGCCUUAGCCAACAAUGUACUGCAGCUGCUGGACAUCCAGGCCUCGCAGCUGCGGCGCAUGGAGUCGUCCAUCAACCACAUCUCUCAGACGGUGGACAUCCAUAAAGAGAAGGUGGCCAGGCGGGAAAUCGGCAUCCUGACUACCAACAAAAACACGUCGAGGACUCAUAAGAUCAUAGCGCCAGCUAACAUGGAGCGGCCAGUCAGGUACAUCAGGAAGCCCAUCGAUUACACUGUACUGGACGACGUCGGCCAUGGUGUUAAGCAACAUGGAAACAAUCAGUCAAUCAGAGGAGGAACACUCUCGAGAACCAAUCCGCCGACGCAGAAGCCACCGAGCCCUCCCAUGUCAGGGCGCGGCACGCUCGGGCGCAACACACCCUUCAAGACUCUGGAGCCGGUGAAGCCACCGACGGUGCCCAAUGACUACAUGACAAGCCCCGCCCGACUAGGUAGCCAACACGGCCAGCAGCACAGCCCCGGGCGCACGGCUUCGCUCAACCAGAGGCAACGUACGCACAGUGGAAGCAGCGGAGGCAGUAGCAGCAGAGAGAACAGUGGCAGCAGCGGUAUUGGCAUUCCCAUCGCCGUGCCUACACCCUCCAUCCCCAACUCUGGACCAGCGCCGCCCAUGUUCGCUCCUCCGGGAGCCCCUCCCCCACCCCCUCCUCCAACACCACCACCUCCUCCCAUGGCCGGGUUUGCUCCCCCAGCACCACCACCACCACCACCACCACCCAUAGUGGUGGCCCCUGGGCCUGGUCUGGGCCCCGCUCCAGUGUCCCAGUUUGGAACCAUCUCGCGGCAGAUUUCACGGCACAACCCCUCCAACUCCUCUGUCUCUAUGGUUUCGGCCACGGGCACCUACCGCCGGGCGCCGUCAGUCACUUCCCAGUUCUCCUUGCAGCAGCAACAGCAGCAGCAACAGCAACAACAACAACAACAGCCUCAUAUUAAUGGAGGCACUCCUGGCUAUGGCCAGAACUCAAUGUCUACCGCUCCUCCUCCUCCCCCCAUGCCCCAGCUGACUCCACAGAUACCUCUGACUGGCUUUGUGGCCAGGAUGCAGGAGAGCAUUGCAGAUACUCCCACUCCACCUCCUCCUCCGCCUCCAGAUGACAUACCCAUGUUUGACGACUCUCCUCCCCCUCCACCACCCCCACCAGUUGAUUACGAAGAAGAGGAUGCAGCAGUUGUGCAGUACAACGACCCCUACGCUGACGGAGACCCACAGUGGGCACCCAAGAACUAUGUCGAGAAAGUGGUGGCCAUCUACGACUACAGCAAGGACAAGGACGACGAGUUGACUUUCAUGGAGGGGGCAAUCAUUUAUGUCAUCAAGAAAAACGAUGACGGCUGGUUUGAGGGCGUCUGUAACGGCGUCACCGGACUGUUCCCUGGUAACUAUGUGGAGUCCAUCAUGCACUAUGCCGACUGAAGGGACCUCGCAGUACAGUCUGUUUAUACAGUCAUAUCAUAAUCCACUGAGAGACUGACUGCAGUAAUCUUGACUCAUGAGAUGCAUAGACAUAACUGUAUGAUCCCCUUUUGAUAUGACAGAAUGUUCUUUCCCUUGCUGAUUGCAAAUAAAAAGUAAUAUCUAUUUAGUUUAUUUUGGUGUUAUGGGCGGGUAGGGGACAUUUAUGGAAUAUGUAAAAAAAAAAAAAGGAAAAAAAAAAGAAAAGUUUCUAAAGAAUUAGGCUGCACGUGCUCACAACAACUCGAAGACGGUGGUCACACAGCUUCAAGAUGUACGACAUCAUCUUGCUGGGACAAAAAUUUUGCGAUUUGGAACAGAAUCCUUUGUGAACAGGAGUAUUAGAUUUGAUGGAACAAAUAAAAUAUUAAUGUUAUGUAAAACACCUUCAGUUGAAGUGUUUGUACUGUCAGUUGUAUAUAAUGUGAGCUGCAGCCACUUGGGUUUAUGUAAUGUGAAUUCAGUGAAUGUCAAUUAUAUGAUAGUUUUCAUUAGUGGUGCCCUCGACUCCACAAGGCUCAUCUGUUAAACAAACACAGGUGGCCUGUCGAUAAUUCACAAACUUAAAUACUGUAUAUGACAAACACUUACUCCUGAAAAUCAGUCUUGGCGUUGAAGCAUGCAAAAUUUAAAAAAAAUAUUAUGUAAUCUUAAGUUUACCGCCAUUACGCUUCCAUUAUGUUGUAAAUGUAUUCACCUUUUUACUUUUUAUGACACUGUUGAAAUCACUGAACUUUUAUGUCUGGUGGAUUAUGGGGCGAAUAUCGGGCUUUUCCCAUGAUCUUACCCUCAAAAUUCAAAUUUGCAUUUGAUUUGCAUCACAAAAACGAAAUGGGGUUUUCUCAUGCAUUUAGAUGUGUGUGAAGCAAGAGCACACAUUCCUUCUUUUUUGGGGGGGCUUAUUACUAAGCAUUUUAAGAUUAUGUCACAUCACUGUUAUUUACUUUAUACUAAUCCACAUAAAAGCUGUAGGGUCCAUUGGUAACAAUGGCAAUAAUGAACUCUAAAGACAGCAGGUGGUGUGCAGUUAUAAUUAGACGGGAAUCACCGUGCCUGACACUGCCAUAUGACAAUUCAGAUGUAAUGUAGACCAAUAAACAACUCUAAUACCUCCAGUUUUCACCAAGCAACGAUGACCUGCUCUGGGUUCAGGGACCCUGUUGAAUGCUCUGAACGUGAAAUCCUCUGGGCUGCACAGGUGUACAUAUUUUAGCUCGAGUAAAAUCAGCCAAUCGAUAUUGGGUUUCACUCAGGUCUAGGAAUCAUCUUUAUUACCUUGUAUUUUUUUUUCUUGUUGGCCCUUGAACAUUCAUCUACCUAGCGUGAUCUUAUUUUUUAACUUUGGACUUCUAAAUGCAUUCAUUACCGUUUACCAUUUCAGAAUACUGCAGCUAAUGCCUUUUAUAUUUUGCCCAUUUGCUUUCAUACCAAUAAAUAAAAUGUGUUCCCGCUCAAAUUCAUGGGUAGAACUAUUGAACUUUAUCCCUGCCUGCCCUUCAUUUGUACAUAUAAUAUGUUGAUUGAAAAAUUAAUGUACAGUCUUUUAUAAUAAACAACUCUAUGUACAA